UUGCUCACAACACGUUUGUUCAACAGAAGCGUUUAAAUAAAGAGACGGAUCGUUUGAAUAACUCAAGAUUCCCGUACAUGUUUCCUCUGACCUGGGAAUGAUUUUAUGUUCUGUCCAUAAAAGAAAGAGCAGAAGAUCGAGCCCUUCUCCAGAGCAUCACAGAACAUGAUGGAGCUCCCCAACUACAGCAGCCAGCUGAUGCAGCAGCUGUGGGCGCUGAGGAAGGAGGGCCACUUCUGUGACUGCACCAUCCUGGUGGGAGACAGUCCUCACCGGGCACACAAGCUGGUGCUGGCUGCCUCCAGUAUGCUCUUCAGGUCUCUUCUGGAUGGUUCUGACACCAUCUCCAUCGACACAGCUGUGGUUUCCUCGCAGGAGUUUGCGUGUCUGCUGGACAUGGUGUACACCGGCAAGCUGCCUCAGGGGAAACACAACGUCAGUCGCAUCGUUGCCGCUGCAGACAACCUGCAGAUGUUCGACGUAGCUGUUGGCUUUAAAAACGUCCUCACCAGCCUUGUGAACCAGCAGCCGUUGGCCUCAGUCAACAUGGACAAGUCCACUUCUGACGAGACAGAACUGAAGACAGAGUUAAAGCAGGAAGACUGUCAGACAGACUGUGAUGAGGCAGAGGAACCCCUAUGUAAAAGAGCUUGUGUGGAGCUCACUGAGUCCUCAGCGCCUGAAGCAGCCAGCCCCUCAGAAACUGCUGCGGAAGAAAACAACACCACGGCAACAAUAGCCAAAGUGUCAAGUGAGUCUGCAACUGGUCCUUCACUGGAACAUUUCUCACAGAUCGUGGAACUCUUCACCAACAUGUCCUCGGUCCUGGAGCUGCUGAGCCAAGCAGCACAGAGCAGCCUGGAUGAACAGGAGAGACAGGUUGUUUGUCAGUGCUGUGAGGAGGCAGAUCCCAGAUCAGCGCUGGAGAAACUAAUGAGCAGAGUAAAUGAAGGGCAGCUCAGUAAGGGAGUGCUCAGCAUGCUUCUCCAGACCGUCCAACAGAAGGCCUCUGCUGCUCUGCUGGAGGAGGAGAGGAGCACACAGGAGCCAAAGAGAUACCAAACAAGAGCCGUGUCAGAUCAGCAGAGCAGCACCAACAGUGAAGAACUGGAGGGGGAAGCGGGAGAGAAAGAAAACACCGUGUCAGAUCAGCAGAGCAGCACCAAGAGUGACGAACUGGAGGGGGAAGCGGGAGAGAAAGAAAACAGUAAGGAGGAGACUGAAGAUGAUGAGAAAGAUACAAUAGACUCCCCCUCCCCUUCCCCCGCUUCCUCCUCCAAGCCUUACUCUUGCCGCUGGUGUAAAAAAGGCUUUGCCUACAAAUGUCGAAUGCUGGCCCAUGUGAAACGCUGCUCCAUGUCCAAGGAGUGUGAGCAGCAGUGUCCACAGUGCACCAAGAAGCUGCCAAACCAGCGGGCCCUGCAGCGCCACCAGGCUGAAGCUCACCGCAACACCAUGCGUGUGAAGAAGAAGGUGGCCUGUGACCUCUGUGGACGGACCUUUGCCCACCCAUCAGGCAUGAUUUACCACAAACGAACAGAACACUUUGAAGAAAAGCCGUUUGCUUGUGAGGAAUGUGGGGCAAAGUUCGGUGCCAACUCGUCUUUGAAAAAUCACAUGCGGCUGCACACAGGAGAGAAACCAUACCAGUGCAAACACUGUGACAUGAGCUUCAGUGUGGCUGCUGCUCUCGCAUACCACACCAAGAAGAAACACUCAGAUGGGAAGAUGUAUGUAUGUCAGUACUGCAAGGCUGUCUUUGCUCAGUCCAUUGAACUCACACGUCAUGUGCGCACACACACCGGUGAUCGUCCGUAUGUGUGUCGGGAAUGUGGCAAAGGUUACAGCCAGGCCAGUGGACUCACUGUCCACCUACACAACUUCCACAACUUAACAGAGCCCCAUGACUGUCAGAAGUGCUGUCUCAGCUUCUCGUCACUGGAGGAUCACCGGCAGCACAUCCAGGAGUUCCACCCUAAGGAGUUCCACAAGUGUCCAACUUGCAACAAAGUGUUCACCAGCGCCGUCCUACUGGAAAAGCACAAAGUCACACACACUGGAGCCAAGCCCUUCAGCUGUGACCUCUGCAACAAGUCGUACCAGCAACUGUCAGGCCUGUGGUACCAUAACAGGACCAACCACCCUGACGUGUUCGCUAACCACACCCGGCAGCUCAAGACCUUGGUCCAGUGUGAGGUUUGUUUCAAGUUCUUCCCCAGUGUCGCCAGUGUGGCCAAACAUCAAGCGUCUGAACACCAAGGCUCAGCAGCGUCGGCGUUGCAAUGUCCGUAUUGCCCAGCUGUUCUGGAAAGAGAGGAGGAGUUGCAGGAGCAUAUCAGCACCGACCACAUCAGCCAGAGCAGUGAGGUUUUCAGCUGCCCACUCUGUGCCCUGGUCUGCAUGUCUCAGCAGGAGCUGCAGGAACACCUGGUCUCCAGCCACAUGGAGACACAGGAAGAGCAGGAGUCAGGGGAGGAGAAGGCUUCCACUUCACAAGCAGUGACGCCAGCCGAUCCCACAGGUGGUGAAGGGGCGGAGUCAACCCUCUCUGAGGAGCAGGCCCAACAGGUUUUAGUGGCUCUGGCAGGUGGAAGACAGGACGGAUCAUCACCAGAGGAAGUGGAGGUCAACAUGUACGACCUGCUGAACAGCUCUGUCACCUUCAUCUGUGAAGAAAAACCAUCAGCUCCUCACUGCGAACCAUGAACCUUGACCCCUGGAGGAUCACACUGGAUUUAUGGAUUUAUUGUGUCCUCUGGUCUUUACCACAACUGUCCCUACAGUGACAAAAAUCACAGGACAAGACUCUGUUUUAAUAAAUUUAAUAUUUCACAUCAAUCUACAGGUGCAUAUCAGAUUCAUCGCAAAUAAAGUGAAAUAUUUGAAGCCUUUAAAUAUCCUAAUAUUUCCCAAGAUCAAUAAGAAAGGCUUUACACUACAGAGAAGUCCUGUGUAGUCUUGUUGUCAUAGCGACCACAGACAAACAGGAGUGUGAAGACCCUCAUCAUCUAAGUCUAAGUCAAUGACAGUCACUAUAAUGACGAUGGACAAGGACAAGUGGAUCGUACAAAAGCCGACGUUGCGCAACUGCAAUCGGAUAUGUAGCUGGUAGCACAUCCUUUGAAACGGCUUCUCCAGAGUGAUGUCCUAACAUUAAAAAUAACAAUAUCAUUAAUGGGACAAGGAGAAACGAGUUAUGUGCAAACCCAGGUGGCCGAGGCAUUAAAGCUGCUGCUUGCAAGUACGUCAUACCACGUCGAAGCAAUAACGAGCGACAUGCAAGCGUUCUCUGUUGUUGAGAACGCAGCAGGGCAGCAAACCUUCAUUUGAAAUAAUAUGAACAUACAUAUAUUUAGUAAUGAUAUUCAUACAAUUAAGGUGCAGUUUAAGUACGGUUCUUUUUCUACAUGCUGCACGUUAUGGAUAUUUAUUUGACUGUAUUUAUGAGUGUUUGUUUUGUUAUUUUACUUUUGCUAAAAUGACUGAGGUAAGAAUGACAGCCAUACAAAACCAGUUUGCUUUCUGUUACUUGUUUCUACUGUACCAAAACUGUACCAGGGAUCGUACCGAACUGUCAUUUUUGUGUACCGUUCCCGUUAGUUCACCCAUUAAUAAAAAUCUAUUCAUCUACUCACCACUUUGCCGAUGGAGGGGUGGGUGAAGUGUUUGAGUCCACAAAA